GAAAGAGUGCUGGAGCGAAGACGCUAUCGCUUAGCAUUUUUAUUUGCUGUAAUCAUUGCCGUCGUAUUCAUUAUUAUGGUAGCGCACUCAACCGCCGGCAAUGAAAACGAGGAAGUGUAUCAGUUUACAAAACCGUCUGAUGAGCAAAUAGAAAAAGUCAAGGAUAGCUACAGAAGGCAAGAACUCACUAUUGAGAAAGAUGGAUCUAAACUCGAUAACAUUGAUAAUAUUAGAGCAAAUAACUCUGAGAAGUUACCGCCAAGAAGGUUCUCUGGCACCACAGCGGAACAGAUGUGCCAAUCCGGAGUGGCUGGUUGUGUACAGCGCUUUGCCAGAAUUCGACCUCUCAUUGUGACAGCACCCAACUAUCAUCUGAUGUCAUGUCUGAUUCAAAAGAGUAUGUCUACAGUGAUGUCAGCAAUCUUCUGUUAUCUAUAUCGUGAGAAAGAGUUUAUCAAAGAGGGACGUAACAUUCUCCGUGAACUUUCAGAUAUCGGAUUAUGCCAGAAGGAGAACAGUUAUAAGACUGUGGAUGGAAUGAUACAAAGCCUAAAAAUCGAAGACAUUUCGCAAUGGAAAUUCACAAUGGUCACUCGUGAACCGGUUGAUCGUUUCCUGUCUGGGUUUAUUGACCGUUGCUUAAGGUUCGUAUUGUGCCAACUUUUCAGAAAUUUGUAG